AUGUCGCCAGCGUUAGAGCUACCAGAGGACGAUCCGAGACGCGAAGAAGGGCGCGAAACCUAUCUGGCGCGCGGCCUACGGACUACAAUGAUAAACCUCCUCAAUCAGUACCAACUCGAUGCAAGACCCAAAGACCCAAUUACGCUCUCGCAGCAGAAUACCAACCAGCGUUUCUACGGCCUGAGAUCCCCGCAAGGAACUAUGGUAGCGGAGAUCAAUCUCCGCCGCACCGAUCAGGGUGUGCACCACGUCACCAUUCCCCGCAGUGGCCACGAAAUCGUCGACCAAAUCUCUGGUGAAGAGGCACACUCUAUCGUAGAAGCGAAUCUACUCGCCAUUCGGCAAGCAGCGGAUGUGAUCGAUCAUAGCCCCCGGUUCCUGGUCGACGGCGUUGCAAUCCCAGGCGUCGUGGAAAGUAGGGAGCGCAACGAAAUGCCACGAACCUCUCGGGAAGCCGCUCGCGAUCGCCUUCAUAAGCAUGUUAUAGUUGAAGUUCCGGUCCGUAUCCAGUAUGUGAAUGAGCAAGGUAGUACCGAUACGUCAUCGAUCAUGGUCAAUUUCAGCAUGACCAUUAGGCGCAGCCCUGAGGAUGAAUACGAUUGGAUUUACGAUUGCGACGAAGACGGAUCUUACAACCAUAUGAUUUGGUUUACCAACGAGCUCGUUAUCAACGGGUCUUCCCCGUAUGAUUCUGAUGGGAAUUGA